CGAAACAUUGUUGUCUAAAUAUAAAGAGAUGUUUCCACAGGCAAGCAAAGAUGACGUGAAGAAGAAAUUUAAUUCUUUAAGAACUAACUACCGGAAGGAGCUCAAGAAAUACCUUCAGUCGAUGAAAUCCGGAUCUAGUACAGACGACAUAUACCAACCUACUUUAUGGUAUUUUAAGGAAAUGUUUUUCUUACAAGAUCAGGAAUCAGCAUCGGAUUCACAGUCUAGUAUGGAUACUCUGUCUACUUUACGUAGUCCGGGAGGAGAGAGUGAGGGUUCUAGUUUGGAGAAUAAUUUUACACAGGAGAAUAGUUUAACUGUUGAAGCGGACCAAGUGCCAUCUACUUCCCAUACAGUUCUAAAGACAAAAUAUAAAAAAUUAAAUAGAAAAGCUGAAGAUGACCUUAUGAAAUUAGCAGCUAACCGUCUUAGAGAGAAACCAGACGAAUAUGAAAACUGGGCUUUGUCUUGUGCUGCAGAUUUAAAGAAAAUGGAACCAAUGCAACAAAUCUUUGCUAAGAGUGCUAUUGCUGCCAUUAUCAUGGAAGGACAAUUAGGUCUUUUACAUCGCAAUUCAGUUAAAAUAAAUACUCCAACAGUUACAAUAACUCCAUCUCCAACAUAUACCAGAUCCACGUCAACUCCAACUUACAAUAACAACAAUUACAGCAGUACGCCAUCGCCACGGUAUUUUAUAAACUAUUCUCAACAGCAAAAUUCUGAACUUCCAGCUGAGCAGCUGCCUCAUAACCAGCAGAACAUGUACUACUUCCAACAGGAUAAUCAGCAGAACAUGAACAAUUCUCAACAGGAAAAUGAUGCUAAUGACUCAAUAUCUCAAUUAAUAAAGUUUAAUAAUUAAAUGAAAAUAUUA